UGAUUGUCAACAGUAAUGUUUAUUUCUGACAAACAGGCAGCAUAUAUAAUCAAUGGAAACUGCAAGAAUGUCAUGAACAUGUCUCAACCUGAUCAGGUGGAGCUUUGGCGCUCUGUUUUAAAUGCAGGUAAUUUGGAAGCCUACGUACGGAUAUCAUCUAAACUUAAGCUCGGAACAGUUGGAGAUGAAUACACAGAUAGUGGUGGACAAGGACAAGUCAAGACAGGUAGAGUUCCAGUUCGAUUGUAUGUUUGGAGUGUCAGUGAGGAUUUUGAUGAUCUAGAAGAUGCACCUCAAAUUGAUAGUUGGGACAAAAUUUCUUACAUAAAUCGGCCUGUUGAGAUCCAUGGAGAAGAAGGUAAUUACUUCACCUUACAAGAUGCAGUAAAAAGUAUUCUUCCUGAAUAUUUUCCAAACAAAUCCUCAACAAAUGAGGAAUCAUCAAGAGAUGAAGACGAGAAUGAACAGAAGGUUCCUUCAGAAGAGGGGGAGAAAUAUUUGAGUGAAAAUGUGGAGUCUUUCUAUCCAUCUGAUAAUGUUGAAAUCAAGCUCGUCCGUAUCCAAGGGAUUGAACCCAAAAUGGAAAUACCCUUCUCUUGGAUAGUGAAGAACUUAACGAAUCCUGAGCAUUAUCUUCAUAUUUGUGUGUGCCUGAAAGUUCCACAAGUACUAUAGAUAACAUUUAUAUUAAUUGGCCAAUUAAACAGGGACAUAGAUGGGAUGGCCAACCCAAAUUCUUUUAAUUUAAUUAUCAAAGUAGGCCACACAAAUGGAAUAGCAUUCCCCUCAUAUUUAUUCCUUCCCAGAGGUACCUAUGAUCUCUACUUUAUCAUAGGGAGAGAGGCACACUUGUCUACAAAAGCCUAUGUUGUUAUUUGGUGACCACAAAAGCAAUUGCAUUUUAUUUUUUUGUAUAGAAUUGUACAGUUGCAUUAUCAAUGUACAGAUAAUCAUUUAUUUCUUUU